AUGUGUCGUAACUUGUUUUCUGUUGUUUUGCUCUUGAGCAUUGCAUGUGCGGGUGUGGUGACUGACGUGUCUGCUACUACUGGACAAGCUGCACGGGAAGAGGGUGAGGCAGGAGUUCCAGGUACUAAAGGUUCUUGUCCUUCUGCUGGUGAGGGAAGUGACGCUAAUUGUCCUUCUGAGAGUGCUGAGACGUCUUGUUCUCCUGAUGCUAAUGAUGGACGUACUUGUCCUCAACCCGAAGUGGAAAAGCGGAAUACAAACGUUCCCGGUGCUGCAGCUGGUCUUCCUCCUCCUGCUCCUCAUGAUCCCCAAGGCGAACGAAGUCUUCCGGGUCAAGUGUCUGUGGUAUCGAGUUCUUCUGGUCUAGAU